CUUCUAUUGACUUGUUGACCCAUGAUGGGCUCCUCCGAGGGGGAAUCCUCGCUGCUGCAGCGCAACCAUAUGAUCGACGACUAUCACAAGUUUCUGUACACUGCGUCCCUUGCAACCCUUGUUGUUGCCCCGAUUCUCAUAGUCGUUCCACCGCGGAAACUAGACUUUUAUACUUUUUCACUGUCCGGUGCGUUUGUGGUCUCGGCCAACUACCAGCUAAAAGAGCGUACCGGCUCAGGACUUCUCGGUCAUGUACCCACGCCCUUUGGAAUGCCGAAACGAGCUCGCGAGAUCCAAGCUGCCCAAGCUCAAGCGCGCGAGCAGCAGAGACGUCUACUCGAGGAACCUGGCAAACCUGUCGAGCUGAAGAAGGGCUCCCUCCUCGAAGAAAAGGCAAAAGAAAUCUGGAUGGGUGGUGAGACAGAAGGAUGGAAGGAACGGCGAUUGCGAGAAGAGCAGGAAAAGAUUUCACAAGGUGAAGGCUAUGGCUCCAUGAUCAUGGAUCAAAUAUGGGAAGUCUGGACAUGGGGUGAGAAAAAGGGCGAGGAGCUCAAGAAGAAAGAUGAAGCAGUGCUAGAGGGUGAGAAGAAGAGCUGAGUUGGCUCCGUGACCACCUAUCACUCCGGAGACUCUGGAUGCCAACUCCCUGCCGACGGCACACGUUGAGUGAGCUGAUCUAUCCAACACGACUGUCUCGAUUCUCAGCACCAUAGUGUGCUCAAGGACCCGUUAGUCCAGUACGUGCCAGAGACACUCCUUGGAUCGAGUGCGGCGCUGUCUAGCAUCUGCUUGAAUACCCCGGAGUUUGAUACCAUGCUCCAAAGCUCAUUGCGACUUUCCAACACUUGCUAUCUGCGGCGCCGUCCGUCACGGUCAGUGCACAGGAAGGGCAUUCGAAGCGAGUAUGUCAGGUGGUUUGACCGUCUGACUGGCUCUUUCUAUGCUUCUUCAAAGUCGACAUAUCCGGCGCCGGAGCUGAACUCGGCCUCGGGGAAAUACGACCGAUGUCCAGUCCGGAAUUUGGCUGGGCAUAUCGAAGUGCACUUCGAGUUGUGGGUGGUUUCGGGCGAUGACAGCUUUUUAUAGUCUUCGCCUGAUGUGUUUUAAGGUGGCUUCAAGACCUCUGGUCGGUCCGGCUGGCCGACAUGAGGUGAUGGUGUGUACCAUUGGAAACCUUACCCGGACAUGACUUGUCAAUGUCAUUUUAGACGUCAAAUGGUAUACCCAGAGAACUUUACCUCGUCGAGGGGGCUCUCGUCAUGGUAAAGUUGCAGAGGCCGACCUUGCUGUAGUACAGCAAGCGGAAUGGCAGCUUGGGCCCAUGUGCCGUUCGGAACUGGAGCUAGCCGGCGACACAACUUCGGUCACAUGCAGCAUGUCUUCUGCAUUGCAGUUCUUGUAUUGGUUACACCGAAAUCGACCAAAAGAAUAAUGCUUCCCUUGGGAUCUCCAACGUUAUCUCCUUCUUUUCUUGUUUG